AACACAUCUCUCAGUCUCAAGUUAUGGUCUCAAUUUGAAUCUUAACUUAAAAAAAGAACAAUUUGGCAUAUAAUCAGAACAGUGGAUCCUCCAAAUGUCUGACAGAGGAUACCGAUAAUGCUCAUUUUUCCUUCAUGCGUUUCAAAUUGCAAAACUCCCUGAUUGGUCAAUGAAGCUUGCGAAGUUUUAGAAGCUCAACCCCCUGAAAUGCAAGUGGACGCCUUCGCUCAGUAUCCUAAAAAUUGGCAGCAGAAAAACGGAAUUGGAAUUUUUGUAUCAGUUCAUUGCGAGAUAUCCGAGUGUGCCAACGACCAUGGGAAGUGACAAUGAAGCGUUUGUCUUGGGGUUGGAUCUCCAAACUCCCACGGGUCCAUCGCGUUACCUUCAGCUUAUCUCUAAGAAGGCCAAAGCUCUGGAAAAUAAAUCGACUCGGCGAUUGGGGAGACAGAAACAGACAGGGUGUAAUUUCUGCAAGAACAAUGGGGAACCAACCAAAGUCUACCAAAGCCACGUUCUGAAGGACUCGAAUGAGAAGGUGAUCUGCCCAGUUUUGUAUGCCUACACUUGUCCGAUAUGUAAUGCGACUGGAGAAGAUAGUCACACGGUCUCACAUUGUCCCAAUCAUCCCGAACGAAUGGAGCACCAACGCUGGUUGAACGAACAAUGGCAACAAUUGAUGAAUCCCGUGCAUCAGUCUAACAUGUUCGAGAAAUCUUUGGACGAACCUGAAUUGUUGGAUGAGCUUAAGCCUCUGGGGGCAUAUAUCACUAACAAGAAUGUAUUCACCAAUAAUAUUUUAGGGAUCCUGUUAACCAAAAUUGAGAUAGAAGAAGUGGCUUCCAAGAGUGCCAUCAUCCUUUUGUAGAUUAAAUGGCCCGUCCCAAUUCUCCAAAAAGCAUUUGAACGCCAGACAAGAAAAAAAAUGUGUAUGGCCACAGAAGUUGAAACCAUCAAGGGUACUUCGGUAACUACUACAUGGGUAUGAUUGGGAAUCAAUUUGUCUUUGUUUUAUUUAAUUGUAUUUUUUCCUGGCUUAUCAUGAGAUGAGACGGUCAAUUAAUGUAAGAGCUAGACAGUUUGACUGGCAAGUUUUGAGCGCAUUUAAAUAUCACGUAGAGGGAAAGGGAGGAGACGUGGUGUAGUGGUUAGACUAGUGUCAUAGCAUGUGAGAGGUCCCCGGUUCAAUUCCCUUCCCGAAUUUUCACAAGGAAACUUUUAGACUCUAACCACGCCCACAGACGGGGAAUUAAUCUGAUCCGGCCUAUGACAAUGCCGAUUGGAAAUAAAUUGGACGAUGUCAUGGCUAGCUUUGCUGGCCGGGCGAGGUUUACCCCUCCGACCCUAGCACCCCAAAUACAAAUGCAAAAAAAUAUAUGAUUUAAGAGCGGUGUUAAUAUGUCUUUGGGUCCAAUAUUUUCAUGUCACAUUAUUCCAUUCUAAUUUGGCAUUUCAAAUGUAAGUCUUUUUGUGUUUAUGCAAGCUUUCAAAACUCGUCUUUUGAUCAUAAUGGAUGACCCUUUCGACAUUAAACAGGUUUGAAUUUGAACUCUCGAUAUCGCCUUUGCCAAAUUGGUUCUGAAACUUGAGAGAAUAAAUGUUAACUGAAAUUAGA